AAUAAAGCAAUCAAUAACGUCUUUUCUUCUCACAUGGCGACAACUCCAUGAAGCUUCUUUCAUCAUAAAUGAAGAAAUGUCCCUACCGACCAACGCCAUCUGCCAUCCGAUCGUUCUACACGCUUUCCACGGAAAACCGCUUCCCCCACCCUAAUCGCUUUCCAUUUUCCCCUGAUUUUUUCCAUCGGUUCUCUGCAGAAACGCCAUCGCGCGAGUCUUGUUCGGUUUAGCUGCUGUCAAAAUGUGUUGAUUUUAGCAAAAUUUACAGUGUCGGACCGACGAUAGGCACCCGAAAUGAAGUUUGCCGAGCACCUGGCGGCGCAUAUUACGCCAGAAUGGCGGAAGCAGUACAUCAUGUACGAGGAAAUGAAAGCUCAGCUGUACGCAGCGGUGGAGCAGUCACCAUCCGCGGAGUUGGUUGAUCCGGAGGUACUAACGCGAUACUUUGCCAAAUUCGAUGAGCAGUUUUUCCAUUUUUGCGAUAGCGAGCUAGCGAAGAUUAACACGUUCUACUCAGAAAAGCUAGCAGAAGCCACCCGAAAAUUUGCCAAUCUACGCACGGAGUUGAGUGAAACGCUCGAGCUCGAAGAAUCUACCAAAAAGAAAAAGGACAAUCUCCACAGGGUAAAGAAAAACCUUUUGCGGAAAAAGAAUGUUUCCGUUCGUAAAAUCCAGGAGCUGAAGCUUGCCUUCAGCGAGUUUUAUUUAAGUCUUAUCCUGCUGCAGAACUAUCAAAAUCUCAACUUCACCGGAUUUCGCAAAAUUCUAAAGAAACACGACAAACUGUUGAACGUGGACUUUGGUGCACGAUGGAGAGCGGAGCACGUGGAGUCGGCACACUUUUACGUGAACAAGGACAUCGACCGGUUGAUCCACGAAACGGAAAACAUUGUUACCAAUGAAAUCGAGGGCGGCGAUCGACAGCGGGCCAUGAAGCGUCUCCGAGUGCCACCUUUGGGCGAGCAGCAAAGUCCAUGGACCACUUUCAAAGUGGGGUUAUUUUCCGGAUCGCUACUAGUGCUGUGCGUAGCAGUGUUGCUUUCGGCUAUGUUCUACGAUCGCAAAGAUGACUGGAUAGUUGCAUUUCGAUUGUAUCGUGGACCACUUUUGGUAGUGGAGUUCCUCUUCCUCUGGGGAAUCAAUGUUUACGGAUGGCGCUCGUCCGGCGUCAAUCAUGUACUGAUAUUCGAGUUAGAUCCCCGGAAUCAUCUAUCCGAGCAGCAUCUAAUGGAACUGGCAUCAAUUUUCGGAGUCAUAUGGACACUGAGUGUUCUUAGUUAUCUCUAUGCAGAAUCGCUGAGCAUACCGGCUUACCUGAGCCCCUUGGCGUUGUACCUACUGAUGGCAGCAUUCCUAUUCAAUCCAACAAAAACCUUUCGUCAUGAAGCUCGCUUUUGGACAAUCAGAAUUAUUAGUCGAAUUGUUAUGGCACCGUUUUUCUACGUAAAUUUUGCCGAUUUCUGGCUGGCGGACCAGCUAAACAGCAUUGUUCCUGCAUUUCUGGACUUGCAGUACUUCAUCUGCUUCUAUUCAACCAUCACCAACUGGAAUCAUGUAGAAAACCCGAACCAAUGCAUUGAUAACUCCCUGUGGAUUCGACCCAUCGUAGCUAUGCUACCGGCAUGGUUCCGUAUGGCGCAGUGUCUGAGGCGAUUCCGUGACACCCGUGAUGCGCAUCCACAUUUGGCCAACGCCGUAAAGUAUUCAACGUCUUUCUUUGUGGUGGCAUUUUCUUCGUUGACGCAAGCCACUCGGGAUCAGUACGAGAAAAGCAUCGAUAACCCUUGGUUCUACCUGUGGAUCAUCGCUUCGAUUGUGUCGUCCUGCUAUGCGUACACUUGGGACAUCAAGAUGGAUUGGGGACUGUUCGACGCGAAGGCCAACGAUAACAAAUUCUUGCGAGACGAGGUGGUGUACAGCUCAAAUUGGUUCUACUACUUCGCAAUCGUGGAGGAUUUGAUUCUGCGGUUCGGAUGGACGCUGUCCAUGAGCCUCAUCGAGAUGGGCUACAUAGACCGCGAGAUAAUCGUGUCGAUUCUCAGCCCACUGGAGGUGUUCCGGCGGUUUAUCUGGAAUUACUUCCGACUGGAGAACGAGCAUUUAAACAACUGCGGUAAUUUCCGUGCCGUGCGUGACAUUUCCGUGGCUCCGAUGGAUUGUUCGGAUCAGACCACGAUCCUUCGCAUGAUGGACGAGGAAGACGGUGUGCGAAAUCGACGGACGGUGAAAAAAUUGAACACCAAGAAGAAAUCCGAGCAGCGACUGCUUCUUCGCGAGGCCGAAUCGACUGAGGACUUGGAAAUGAAUUCCAAUCAAAACAGGAAGGUCCAGUGGGAAAUAUAGGCCACGGAUAGUUACACAAUUGGGACCAACCUGCCAUAAAUCCUAGCGACCGAAUCCGAAUCACACCAAAAUACGAUCCCCAUGACCUAGAUUUCCCUCUGAGAGAAGCACGUUCGCCAACCGAACACACCACAACCCCAGUAACAGAAGCCUUCGAUCCAACUGCACUGCACCACCACCCACCCCUGCCGAUAGGUAUUUGUGUCGUUUCUGUGUGUUUCCAUCAUUGAAUUGGGUAAUUGGAAAGCGUAUGUUUCAAUUCGAAAUUUCUGUUGGACCAGAGUACGCAUGGAGCAAUGGUAUAUUCCCUAUGGAUGGAGUUAUUUAUUUACAGCAGAAUUAUAGGCAAUAUUUAUUAAGAGAUUUCCAGAUUUUUAUUACCUUAUAGCACGACGAAUGAGAGUAAAUGUAAAGAAACCUAUAAAGUUAAUAUAGUAUGAUGGAUUUAUUUUCGAAUU